UAGCUUCAACGGCACAUCCGGCGUUUGCGCUCGGUGCGCAUGCGCGCGCGUCUGGGUGAAGGUGGAAUGGCCCGCAGACGCUUAAACAGGAGCGAGAAGGAGGAGGGAGCGGGAGAGGCCUUUGUGGAUGCUUAAAGCCAUUAAGGCUUCCCGCCAUGUCUCGUCCCGAGAGCAGCCACCCGGCCAUGAGAGUUCAACGGUCUCGGCUCGGCUCCAUCGAGUCCUCUCGCUGGUGUGGGCCACGCUCCCGCUCGCCCUCUCCGCGGGAUCACCGUCGCCACCACUACUACCACCACCGCUCCCCGCCUAGCCGUCGUUCUUCCCAUCGUUUGUAUCGCUCGCCUUCCCCGCGCCGUUUCAGCAGGAGAUAUUCGCCCUCAUAUUCUCCAAGGCAGCAUUCACGUUCUCCAGGCCGACGGUCUGAAUCUUCAGUGGAAAAAUAUUUGCGGGACGUAGUUGAAAACGACAUUGACACAAGCUCACCAGCUGAUAGUCUGAGCAAUAUGAACAGGGAUGACUUGGAUGAUGGUCCAAUAUUUAGCAGAGUCCUUUCACAUCCUUGGAACCUUGAGAGAGGUUUCUUUCGUGAGGAGAAUCCUUCAAGACCAUUCAGCAUGCGACAUGAUGAGGACUCUUACAAUAGGGAUAUUUUCAUAGCUCAACUGGACCGAAGUAUAAACAGUGAAUUUCUACAGCAUCAAUCAAGAGAAAAUAAGAGGGGUGGGGAGCAAGAAUCAAAAUGCUUUCAAUAUGGCAGAGACGAUAGACUUUUUGAUGAAAGCAUAAAAUCUCGGGCUUUAUUGGCAGAAACAGAAAAGUAUUGUAAACAAGGCCUUAAUAGAAGCCCAAGCCUGAUAUACAUGGAUGAAGAUUUUCGUAAACUUGAAAAAAUUAGGAGAAAAAGAGAAGAGGAUUUGCGAAGCAGAAACAUUAGUACUGACUACCCAAUGCCUGAUUCAGCUAAUCAAGAACAAUCUUCUGAAUCUAGACACCAUUAUAGAUCUGAGAAAACACCAGCAAUGUCCUUACAAUCUAUACUGAAGAAACGUUCAGAUGAUUCUUCUAUACAGGACUUCAGGGAUUUUUCAAAGGGGAAGAAGCCUCCUGAGUCAACAUCAGAACCUGUCACCCAACGUAGUGACUUCCUGUUGCCUAAUGAAAGAGCCAGUCAAGAUGGAAGUGGUUUUUCGUGCAUUCUAGGUACAACGACUGAUUCUGUUUAUGCUCCAGAAAAAAUACUGGAUCCCUUCCCUUAUAAUAUAGAAGAUGAAGAGAAAUUUCUUUAUGGGGAUGAUGAUGGUGAUUCAAACAACUGUGUCUACUCUCAAAAGAUAAUGAGUAAAAAGAAAAAACCUGUACGUGAGAAAGUAAAAUAUCUACCUAUUGCAAAACCAAAGAAUUUGAAACAGUCUGUAAAACUAAAGAAUUUGGAACAGUCUGUAAAACCAAAGAAUUUGGAACAGUCUGUAAAACCAAAGAAUUUGGAACAGUCUGUAAAACCAGAGAAUUUGGAACAGUCUGUAAAACCAGAGAAUUUGGAACAAUCUGUAAAACCAGAGAAUUUGGAACAGUCCAGUGUGGAAUAUGACAAGAUGCGUGACUUGCUUAAAACUAUUGGUUUGGACAUUGGAAUGGCUGAAAUAGAUAAGCUUGCUGCUCGCACAGAAGAAAGGCUCCAUGGGAAAAAAACAGCUUAUGCUCUUAAUCAUCAUUCAGUGGCAAAUCAUAAAGCAAAGUUAGAAGAGAAGCAGAAGCAUUCUCUAUCGCCAUUUGAUUCUUUUCCAUCACCUGAAGCUCUGUCUCCUGUUUUAAAAUAUGACUACAAUAACAUCGCUAUUUCAGGGCAAAAUAAAGCUACUGACAUGUGUGAGCAAUCUAGUGUUCCAGGAUCUGUAAUUCCAUCAGCUCCACCUUCUUUUCUUGAUAUUCCUCCUGGGUCCAUCUCUGGUUCAUGUCAUGAUGUUCCAUAUGUCUCUACGUUUACUCCAACUCAGUUCUUUCCAAACUCUGCUUCUCUCCCAGUAGCCUUACCUGACUAUGAUGUAUACCAGCACCACAUGGAUUAUGCAACUUCUGACUGGUGUCCUCAGCAAGUGGACUCUUUAUGUCCAAGUAAAACUGAUGUUGCCGAUCUAAAAGACAGAUGUAUAAAUCGCAACCUUAGAAUCAUUGAUACAAUUAACAUCAGCAAAUCCAAGCAAUUUCAAAAAGCUGCUACCACUACCCCUUACUCCAAUCAGCUAUCCAAGUCUUCUAAAAAAAGGGCCAAGCGAAGAAAUGCUGCUGCAAGAAAAAUAGCUUUACUGAACCACAAGGUAACAGAGGAAUGCAUAAAGUCGGAGCUUGAACAAGAAUCAUACCAUAAGAAACUCUUUUAUCACAAGAUUGAAUUAGAUAGGCUUUCAAAACAGCAAGCGGAGAUGCUGCAGAAGAAACGAAAAGAGAAAGACCCUUUGCUUACGGAACUGAGCAGAUCGAAAGAAAACCUUGCAAAAAAGGUUGCUCAACUGGAAUUGACUAUUAAAAUUUUAAAGGAGAAACAGAGCGAACUUGAUAAAAUAACUCAUAGCGUGGAGAUGAAUCAUUUUGGAAAAUCCCAGAAAUUAUCUUCAGAAAAUAAAGAUUCUUCAGAAAACAACCUACAAAAAAAUCCCCAAAGUGAAGAGAUAACUUUUAACUCAAUCUAGUCAUAAGGAAGUAUUUGUUUACCUGGAGUAAGGACAGAAACCAGCAGAAGGAAACACCUAAAAGACUGUCCCAUACCUGACCUGACUCUAGAGGUUAGAAGCUGUGGUAAGAUUUUGAGAUGAAGACUACAAUUCUAGAGGUUUUUUUUUUCCUGUCAUGAUUUCAAGCACUAUAUUUUAUUCAAAUUUAUUUUAUGUUUCAAGAAAAGUAAAAAAAAAAAGUUAAGAACUUUUGUCUCUUGGCUCAUUAAAUAACAGUAUAAUAUAUUUUUAUCAAUAGCAUCUCCUCAAAGAAGAUAAUAAGCUCUAUAUUUUCUGAACAGUUGAAAGUUUCAUUAAAUUGCAGUUUCAUUAAACCUAAUUUUUAGGUUGCAGUUGUGAGAACAUUUGAUUAAUUUUUGUUGAUGGAUUGCCACAGCUCUCAAAACUUUUCAGGAGAGGGUUUUUGUGUAUAAAAAUAAUAAUAGGAAGCUUAAUGUGUUUUUGUUAUGAGAAAGUAACCGCAUCACUCAGUUUUUCCCCCUGGAUAAUGUCACCCUAAGAUGCUUCUUGUUAUCCAUAUUAUUCUAUUUUAAAAGAAUGGAUCUUUUAAGAACAUUUUAAAAGAAUGCCACAUUAUUCUAUGAGUACAUUGUAUGGCAUUAUACUCUAAGAAAGAAGUCAUAGUGCCAUAUUUAUUUCCCUCUGGUCAGAAAAAAAAUGUUUUUUAAAAAAACAUUUCCUCCUGACAUCUACAAACACAAAUCUUCACCAUUGGAAGCCUUCAGAAAACUUUAAUAAGUAAAACAUAUUUUCUCUUUUUUUAGUGUUCUAUUAGUUUUUGCUGAAAAGUUCUUCACAAUUUUAAGCUCAGCUCUAACUAAAUAUUUAAUCUUCCAGUAGGCUUUGGAGCAUUUUGGGGGGAAAAAACAUGUCAUAGAGCUUUGUUUUUACACUACUUCUUGAAUGUAAUGUAGAGGCAAACAUGGAAAUUUUAAGAAAUUUUUAAAACAGAAAGGGGAUGGUUAUUUUGAAAUAUUUUUUUUUUUUUGCAAAAGUGCUUUUAAAUAAACUAGAAUUAAAUUAGCCAAAAGAACUAGACCUUUGUGGGAAUGCUUUUUUUGUUUAUUAUUAAAGAAUGCAUACAAUUGGUGGAUUGCACAAAACAAAAAAUAACAGAUGAUGAGUCAGACUCUGAAACUGACUAAUUAGUUUUUGACUAUGAUGUUGAACAUAAUUAAUUCUAUUAGGGAUGAAAGCACAAAAAUACAAAAAAUGUAGGAAGCUUGCCUUUAAUUUUCUCUUGUUUGAGACACUUUCAAUUUUGGAUUAUAAUACAAUGUCAACCAUUAGAAAAACAGCAAAAAUGGAGGAGAGGAGCUCACUAGAGCAACCUGCAGAAAAAGGAAUUACACCAGGUUUGCUUCAGAAGUAAUGUUAGCAAAUGGGCAAAUAAGAUAGGAUCACUUGAUAUUAAAUUGAUAGUGCUUAAGAAAAAAAAAUGGAUGAAAGACUUGUAAAGAGGAGAUGGAAGAAGCCAAGAUGAUGGAAAGUGCUAUAGCAAAUGUCUGGAAAGAUAAAACAAAUCAACGACAAAAUAGAAAUUUUAGAGAGGACAGAAGUUCCUGACAGGGAGUUGGAAAGAGAACUAGAUAAUCUGGCUAUAUUUGAUUAAGAGAAUAAGAAUUUGUUUUAGGACUUAGACAAGGCCAUAGGGUUCUGGUGAAGAUACUAAAGAGGAGAUUAUUAAAGUCGUGGCAAUUUUUUGGGAUUGAGCAGAGGAGGCAUAAAUUGAUAAAAAUGUAUAGAAUAAAUUCAAGAUUUGCAAGAACAAGAAAUAUUCCAAGGGAUACUUUCGUGCACUUUGUCAGGAAGAAAAAAGGAUUAGGUUUUGCAUUAAGUAUUGGCAAUAUGGUUAUAAUUGCAGUAAAUUAGUACCAUAAAUUUGUGUAAGGAGAAAGAAGUAUUUUUUGACUAAGAUUAAACAGUAAAGGAUCCCAUUUUGAUGGAACAAAUUGGAAGAUAUGAAUUUUACUUUUAAAUAGCAGAGGUUGCAGUUGAAUUCUGUCCAGGAAAUUUGUGGAAAUUUCUAGAAAAAUUCAAAAAAGAAUUGGAAGACAUUCAAAUGAAAGUGUCAAAGAAGACACAAAAACUCCAACAGGUGUAAGAGGAAACUGAAAGGGAUACACUGGAUUAGUAUUGGUUAUAAGUAUUGAUACUUAUAAGUAUUGGUGGUUCUUUUUUUUAUGUGAUUAUGGAUUACAAGUUAUCCAUAUGUUUUACAUUAAAAUAUAAAUGUUGCAAAUGCUUCCCGAAAGUAAAAAAAAAAGUCAUUAUUUGAAAAAAUUAAAACGAUAUUAUUUGCCUACAAAAGACACAUAUCGGAAAAAGAUAUAGAGUUUUCCUUCUCCCUUCUCACAGUUUUUGCAACGUGUGUGCAUGCACACACUUUUGAAAGAAGCAUCUCUUGCUGUUUGGUUUGGAUGAAAGAGUAACUGUUCUUGAGAAAUAGAAGGCUUUUGAGUUAAAAGGACAUGAGAUUAAGUUGGCAUGGAUAUUUGUGAUACAAUAAAGUUGAAGUUCAUUGGAUUUGGAAAAUAAUUGUUAUUUGUGCUAUAUUGAGAAUGGAAGAGAUACAAAUCCAGGUUGUACUCAAAAACAUCUUUCUGGCUCUUAGUAUAACAAGAAAUAAUAGACAAGAAAUAAUAGGCAAACACAUUUGGCUAAUUUAUUGUGAGCUACUAAUGUUGUGUUAGGAAGAAUGUAAAAUAAAGAACUAAUGAUAGAGGAACAAUGGUUUUCUUAUAUACAAUUACCAGAAAGAUUUAAAAUAGCUAAAAGAACAUCAUAAGGCUGAAUUUGAAAUAGAAUUGUGUACAAAUGAUGAAUAUGCAAUUGCUAAAAUGUAUAAACUUUUAUUGAAAUGUGAAAUAGUACAAUUUCUGGAAAGUUUGAUAAAGUGGACUACUAUUUUAAUUAUAAUAAACAGAUGAAACAGUGGGGAAAUGUGUGGUUGAAAGGAUCAAAAUUUACACUAUGUUAUAAUCUUAAAUAUAUUUUUUUAUACAAUGAUGUUUUGUAAGUAUAUGUCACUGGAGAAAUUGCCUGGAAUGUAUAAAAGCACUUAAUUCAUAUUGGAUA